AUUUGUUUUGAUUUUCCAUCAAGGUUUGUGAGAUACUUUAAUAAUCUUUGAUAUGAUUAUUGUAUUUUGGUUUUUAUAGCAAUGUAUUAUGAGAAUGAAUGCAUAGUUCAUAAAAAUUAUGUUCUGUAAUACUGUGUAUUAAUGGAAUGUAAGCCUUGGCUGUAAUUGUUUUUUAUUUUCUUAUUUUACCUAGGAGGUCAGGACAUUUUUAUGACAGAAGAACAAAAGAAAUACUACAAUGCAAUGAAGAAGUUAGGUUCCAAGAAACCACAAAAACCUAUACCUAGGCCAGCGAAUAAAUUGCAAGGUUUGGUGUUUGAUAUUGUAACAAAACAAGCAUUUGACAUCGGCAUUAUGGUCCUCAUCUGUCUUAACAUGGUCACCAUGAUGAUAGAAACAGAUGACCAGAGUGAACUUAUGCAAAAUAUUUUAUACUGGAUUAACUUUGUUUUUGUUGUCCUUUUCACUGGAGAAUGUGUCUUAAAACUGUUCUCACUCCGUUACUAUUACUUCACUGUUGGCUGGAAUAUCUUUGACUUUGUGGUUGUUAUCCUUUCAAUAGUAGGUAUGUUUUUAGCUAAGGUGAUUGAAAGGUAUUUUGUGUCCCCUACUUUGUUCCGAGUCAUCCGACUUGCCAGAAUAGGUCGCAUCCUGCGUCUCAUUAAAGGCGCAAAGGGAAUCCGCACUCUGCUUUUUGCUCUGAUGAUGUCUCUUCCUGCUUUGUUCAACAUUGGCCUGCUGCUCUUCUUGGUCAUGUUUAUCUAUGCGAUAUUUGGCAUGUCCAACUUUGCCUACGUCAAGAGGGAAGCUGGAAUUGAUGACAUGUUCAACUUUGAAACAUUUGGCAACAGCAUGAUCUGCCUAUUUCAAAUUACCACAUCUGCUGGCUGGAAUGGCUUGUUAGCCCCAAUUCUUAACAGUGGGGAGCCGGACUGUGACCCUAACAAAGCUCACCCAGGGAGCUCUGUUAAAGGUGACUGUGGCAACCCUUCGGUUGGGAUUUUCUUCUUUGUCAGCUACAUCAUCAUAUCCUUUCUGGUGGUGGUGAACAUGUACAUUGCUGUCAUUCUGGAGAAUUUUGGUGUUGCAACUGAAGAAAGCGCUGAACCCUUGGGUGAAGAUGACUUUGAGAUGUUCUAUGAAGUCUGGGAAAAAUACGAUCCAGAUGCAACACAGUUCAUAGAAUACAGCAAACUAUCUGAUUUUGCGGCUUCUCUGGAUCCUCCUCUUAAUAUACCAAAACCAAACAAAGUCCAGCUGAUUGCAAUGGAUCUGCCCAUGGUAAGCGGUGACAGAAUUCACUGCCUCGACAUCUUGUUUGCUUUCACAAAGCGUGUGUUAGGGGACAGUGAUGAGAUGGAUGCCCUCAGAGUACAGAUGGAAGACCGUUUUAUGGCAGCCAAUCCUUCCAAAGUCUCCUAUGAACCAAUCACAACCACAUUAAAACGGAAACAGGAGGAAGUGUCUGCUACUAUUAUUCAGCGUGCCUUUAGAUGUUAUCUUUUAAGACGAUCAGUAAAGAAACUCUCAUAUAUGUAUCGCAAAGAUGGGGUUGAUAUACUUAGCAAAAAUUAUAUGCUUUUUGGUAAGCUAAGUGAAAAUUCAACUUCAGAAAAAACAGAUAUGACUGCAUCCACCACAUAUCCACCUUCCUAUGACAGUGUAACAAAACAAGAAAAGGAAAAAUAUGAAGAUGACAAAUCAGAAAAAGAAGGCAAAGGGAAAGACAGAAAAGGAAAUAAAAAGUAGAAGAAGACAUAACGAAGUGGGCAGCACUGGCUGUUUAAAGCCUCAGAAGAUGAAAUUUUUAUCAAUAAUACUUGUGUUGAAGGAUUAUGCCAAAAUGACAAGUUUUUACUUAUUUACCGAGUGCUAUUGUCAGUGCCUGUACCUAGAAAAUGACAUUUGGUAGCAAACCCUGUAUGUAGCAGGGAAACAAACAUUCCAGAAGAAUAGUUUUUAUUACCAGCUGGCACUAAUAGAGAGGAGACAUAAAGAUUUUACUUGGACUAUGUGAACUCUUAAUGGAGUACAAAAUUACCAUUUCUAGUAAGUUUGUGGAAUAUGUGUAUCCACUGUGCGCGUUUCAUCUACUAUGUAUGUGUAUCUUUUCCUUUGAUGGUCUCAUUUGCUGUAAUUCACAUUCUAUUACUUGUAAUUGUACUCUGUUGAGGAAGAAGAUAAAUGCUUAUUCAGAGGAACACAAUGUCAUAAUUAGGUAAUUACCGUGUCAUAAUGUGAACAUUGUCCUCUUCAACCCACCACUUCUAAAAGCAGAAAAAUGAGAGUCUGGACUCUUGGACCUUAGAAUCUACAUCAAAUCAACAGCAAAUGAUAAAGAAUAUAGUUUAGAAAAAUAAUUUAUCAGAAAACAAAACAGGAGGAGAAUCACUUUCACAGAAAGGAGGUUAGUAAUUUGUUCUCUUGAUUUUGCUAUAUUUGUUUAAUAUUUUCUUCAUUUUUCACAUAGUCCUAUUCAGUGAAUGAUUUAAAUACAUCAUGCUACAGAAAAUUUCUUAUUUGAUAAAUGCAGAACUAGUAAAAAAGAGUUAGUUUACUUUCAGGGUCCAAGAUUACUCUUAGUUUAUGAGUGUUUAAAAUGGGAUUUUAUCAUAGAGUAGCUAUAAACACCAAAUUUUUGCCUCCAGGGAAUCACUGGGGAAAAAAAAAAAGAUGGUUUAUUUUACUUAGUUAAGGAAAGAAUGUAGACCUUGUAACAACUUCCAUACUUCACUCCAAUGUCAGUCUCUACAAAUUUCAUUUCAUGUGUAUAAAUCCUAUUUAAUACAGUAAUCAAAGCUACGUGUAUAAAAUGAUAGCAAAAUACCUAUUGGAACAAACAUUGCCUUAGUUUGUACAUUAGGCUGAAAUUAGCAUACUUUGAGAAGCUGAUCAUGUUGAAGAUAUAAACUAAGUAUGUUGAAGGUAACUUUGAGCCCCAUAGGACUUUAGCCAGGUUUCCACUUUAUGAAAUGCAGUCUUCCAUAGAAGGCUGAGAUGACCAAAUGAUGUACUUGAAUCAGCUUUUUUCUGCACUGUGGUUUAAAUGACUUUUUUCACAUCAAAGCUUAUAGAACCUACUUAGGUAAAAUUGUUCUGUUACUUAGUCAGUUGUUUUACACAGUGGUACCUGUUUGAACAAGGAGACAAUGACCUAAGUACUAUAUUUAUUGCAUUAAAAAUGUACCCUCAUAAGUGUGGCUUCUAAUAUUUCAGUAAAUUAUAUGAUAUAUUCUGUAAUACUCUAAAUAAUUGGGAAGCUUUAACUGAUGCAUGCUUGCUGCUAUUAUUCUACAGCUAUUAAAGUCUAAGAUGGAAAGACAUGUGAGUGUUAGAAAGGAAAAAACUAUUCAGCAAGACCAUCAUUCCUCACAACAGUAAGCAAUAGUUUGCUGCUAUUAUAGAUUUUGAGUUUAUUAAUAUUAUGCUGUGAAUAAACAGACAAUAGAUGAUUAAUAUACUGCUUAACUUGCUUAAAAUGUGAGGCUAUAAAAAUAUAUAUAUAUUGAUCUCUUCAUGUUAUUUUGCAAAUAAAUUUAUUUUAUAUUUUAUACAUAUUAGAAGAUAAUACAAACAUCUUUAUGUUAAUAAUGUUUAUUACUUUCUAUCUGUAAUAGUUUUUUGGUUUUUUUAGGAGGGGAACAUAAGAUACAAUAUGAAUUGGCAAUUGCAAUUCUCUGCUAAUUAUAUGAAAACAGAUUUUAGUAAGUGGUAGUUUUAAAAGAAGUGAACAGCAUAGAUCUUUUUCUGAUCAGUAGAUAGUUCCUUGUACACAAGAUGGAAGUUUUCUUUUAAAGUUAUACUCUUGUCUAUCAAUUUUCAGGUUAAUUUUUGUCAUAGAAACCUUGUUUUUCUGCUGUGUUAUUCACACUGCCUGCUUGUCCUGUGGAUUCGUCCUGCAGUAGUAGUGCUUUAAAUAUAAUUUGCUAUUCAAAGUCUUUCUUCAUAAGAAUGAAUAGUGAACUUGUGUAAUGGGCAGUGGAAUACCUUCCAGCUCUUACAAAAGAAACUAUAGAUGGGCUUUUGCUUUUACAGAACCUGGUUUCUGUACUGGUAAAUUGCAUGCAGGAUGUUGUAACUACAUUGCUAACAACCCAGAAGAAUAAAGAUAACUUUUUUAUGUAUUUGUUUUAGUCUUUGUGGUUUUUAUUGUAGGAGACUAAUACAGUUCAGCAAGUAAUCAUUAAAGUUAAGAGUGAACAACUUCAGUGAUGAAGCAAUAUGUUCUGAACAUCUAUAUUACAUGUUAUUUGAUGACUUGUAUCAGUAUAAACUUGUCACCAUCUAGGUAAACUGAAAUGUCUAUAUUGUCCUGAACAGAAAGGUUGAAAGGUUUUUAUUUUUUUAAAUUUAUUUAUUAUUAUUAUUUUAAUUCAGGAAAGAAUUUCAUUGCAACUGUGCGAGUUUUGUCAGAUUCUUACUAAUUUUCUAGGAAGAGCUCCUAGAGUGUUGUCCUGAGCCAAGUCCAAAUUUUUGAUGUCUCAAAGGUACUGCUGAGCAGUGGAUCUGUAAGAUGUUGUUCACCCUGAGGUUGGAGCUCUGAGUGUUCUGUCAUAGGAAUAAGCCCAGAAGGUAAUAAGAGUCCCUUUAAUCCCAAUCCACCUCAAGAAACCCAGUGCUUCCCAAGAGAAUGGAGAAGGACCUGUUAGAGGUGCUAUGGCUACAGCACAGGUGGCUUCAGGCACUCAGUGCAAUUACAGAGCCUGAUAGGCAGUCUCUGGCAGGAGGUUACAGGUAGCAGGAUGUGGGGCAAGCAGUCGUGUAUGAGGUAAUUAAUACAGUUUUCUUUUUUACAUGUUAUGAAGAAGACCUGCUGUAUACUUAGGUUAGAGAGCUAAGAAAAAAAAAAAGCAAAACCCUC